AUGCGGACUCCAUUACGAGCCGCUAUAGCCAUAGCGCUAAUUAUAACCUUGUUUUUGGUCAAAUUUCACCUCGAUUCAGUCUUGCAAUGGCAGAAUGAUAAUAUCACUUCCGACCUCUAUGCCCUAAAUGGCGAUGCAUAUAUCGAGCUGGUCUCGGCCCAUACUGCGACGCCCGCCACACCAGCUUCACAUACCCAAACCCGGAGGAAAUGGUCCCCCACGGCCCGGCCAACUCCCCGUCUAGUAAUAGCCAAUCCUGAACCGAAGCGCAUCCCCGUCGAUGUCCCCGGCGCUGAAUGGGCGGGAGAACUAUUCUUCAGAUCCAGAGGAGCGCCCAAAUUCUACGAUCCAAAAAACUUACUCGACAAUGCCCAAAUACUCGCUCCAGCAGAGCAUGAUGAUGUGAAGGCACCUUCGUCUACUGCUCCUUCUCGUCCAAAGGUCACUCCGAAGUCGGAUCGUGUAAUUGUUGUGGGGAAGAUGUCGUACGAAGACACUGAUUGGCUUGAGGAUCAGCUGCCAGAAUGGCAGCAUGCAAUUUACCUCGUCGAUGACCCCGAAGCAUCUCUGCAGGUUGAACAAAACAAAGGCAAAGAAAGCAGUGCCUAUCUGCAAUACAUUCUGGACAACUAUGACAAAUUGCCCGAGUACAUGGUCUUCCUCCACGCUCAUCAAUAUAGCGGCCACGUCGAAUUCUGGGAACAGGACAAUGUAUUGACGGUCCAAAGACUCCAACUAGACUACCUCCGACAAGUUGGAUAUCUCAAUCUACGCUGCGACUGGAAUCCCGGAUGUCCCGAUGAGGUCCAGCCAUUCCGACAAACGGCUGGCCGCACCACCGAGCUUGCCUUCGCAGGUGCUUGGAUCCGUAUCUUUAACAACACUGAUGUGCCUGAGAUUGUUGCUACACCUUGCUGUGCGCAGUUUGCUGUAACCAGGGAGCAGGUCGUCCAACGCCCACGGAGCGCCUAUGAGUCGUAUCAUCAUUGGCUUAUGAAAACCGAGCUGGAUGAUGAGACGAGUGGCCGUGUCUUUGAAUACAUAUGGCACAUUAUUUUCGGGCAGAAUCCCGUGUUUUGUCCUGCAAAGGCACAGUGUUACAAGGAUGUAUAUGCCAUGGAUUAUGAGGAGCCAGCUGAGGAUUUCUUUGAUGAUGACUUCUGGGGCAAUUGGUACGAUGAAACACCUUUGGACGAAACACCUUUGGACGAAACACCUUUGGACGAAACACCUUUGGACGAAACACCUUUGGACGAAACACCUUUGGACGAAACACCUGUGCAUACAACACCUCUGGAUGAGAUAUGA